AUGCUCUGCCACUACUCUCAACUAAAUUACAACCUAUCUCAUCCCAUUCCAUCCGUCCCAGCAGAAGCAACACUCAAUAAAAAAAUGCCAAGCUUAACCGCAUUUCUGUUCAAGCAAGGCCUACGCCGAACCGCCCACCCAAACUUUGCGUCAUCUGACAGCUUUGAUGCAGCUGUCAAGGAAAAUCGGGCUACCUGUAGCCACGAGCCGCCGCCUGAUGUCAGGAGCAGCGUUAAUAUCGAGCAGGCACAUGUAGGCACCUCCAUCGUCUACACUGUGAAGCCCGCCACGGACAAUGCAGCUCCCUUUCAGAUGCGAAUCAUGUACAUUCAUGGUGGGGCGUUUGUCUUUGAGAUUGACGAGCUGCAUUGGCGGCUGAUAGCGACGCUUUGCCAGCGACUUAACGCCUCCAUCACUGUGCCCAUCUAUCCUCUGGCCCCUGAGCACCACGUCACCGACAUGUACGGUAUGCUGGAGCCAAUCUACAGCGAUAUGGCGUCUUCUUAUUCUUCUUUCCCUUCUUCUGCCUCUGAUUCUUCCUCGCCGCCAACGCCGUUCUACGUGGCGGGCGACUCAGCUGGAGGCGGCCUAGCGCUGGGGCUAACGCAGCAGGCGCUAUUGGAACAAAGGCCCGUGGCCAAGGGCAUGGUGCUCAUUUGUCCCUCAGUCGACACGACGCUUGCCAACCCAGACGUGCACGUUAAGACCAAGACGGACCCGUACCUCGACAUGCCCGGGUUAGCGCACGCUCUCAACAUGGCCAUGGGCACCAUGGACCGGCGUAACCACUUGGUCAGCCCUACAUUCGGGCCCAUCUUCGGCCUACCGCCAAUGCUAGUCUUCAUUGCCGAGGAGGACAUCUUGGGCCCGGAUGAUGAAAUUUUUGUCCAAAAGGCAAUCGACGAGGGCUGCCAAGUGGAACUGUUUCGUGGGCCGGGUAUGUGGCACGUCUGGGUGGCCAUGCCGAUUCCAGAGGCAAAACCCGCGAUGGACAAGAUUGUGUCGUGGCUCCAAUGCAACAGUCAGGUGCAUUUGACAGAAUGGAAAUAG